CGAACUUAUUCCAAGUAGACGAAGAGCUACCUGUCAGUCAAGAUGCGCCAACAGCGUCUCUUCUCGACGCUACGGGCAUUACAGUCCCAUGAUAACCCUCUGGGUCUACCGCGCUCCGGUACUCCGCCAUCGUUCCCCCGCCGCCGCGGACUCCCAGAGAAGCGCAAAAUCAGAGAUGUAAACAAGGUCAUUGCCGUCUCUUCCGCAAAGGGCGGAGUCGGAAAGUCAACAAUUGCAGUGAAUCUCGCACUUGCUUUCGCCCGUCGUGGCAUUCGAACAGGCAUCCUCGAUACUGACAUCUUCGGCCCUUCGAUCCCAACACUCCUCAACCUCUCCGGCGAGCCUAGAUUAGACGACAAAAACUGCCUCGUCCCACUCACAAACUACGGGCUCAAGUCCAUGUCAAUGGGCUACCUCCUCCCUCCACCGCCAUCAUCCACCACUGAAUCUGACCCCUCCGGCUACCAACCCAUGGACACAACCCCGAUCUCAUGGCGUGGCCUCAUGGUAACGAAAGCCAUGCACCAGCUCCUCCACUCCGUCUCCUGGGGCCCACUGGACGUGUUGAUCAUGGACUUCCCGCCAGGGACCGGCGACGUGCAAUUGACAAUUGGCCAGGAGAUCGUGGUGGAUGGUUCGGUGAUCGUCUCGACACCGCAGGAUAUCGCGCUGCGGGAUGCCGUCAGAGGAUACGGGAUGUUCCAGCGGAUGAAUAUCCCCGUGCUGGGCAUGGUGAGGAACAUGGCAUUCUUCGCGUGUCCGCAUUGUGGGAAGCAGACUAAAAUCUUCUCGAGAGGGGAGCAUAGUCAUCAUGAUCAUGAUCAUGAGACGGAUCGGGGUGUGAUUGCUGAAUGCAAGAGACUGGGAAUUGACUUCUUGGGUGACAUCCCGCUCGACGCCAAGGUCUGCGAGGAUGCGGAUCGAGGUGUCCCCACGAUGGUCGCUGAAGAAAGCGACGAGCGCAGCGCCAGAAGAAACGCUUUCCUCGGUAUCGCGGAGAAAGUCGCACAUAAAGUUGGGCUACCUUGGUGAGAUAAAGUCCCAUGCGUUUCAGCAGUGGGUUAUCCCACUGUCGAUGCUGGAGGCUACAGAAUCUGUAUACUAUUGUGCCAUUUUACGAGAGCGCGGAUCUUCAAAUCUCAAUGUAUUAUAAUAUAUGGCGUCCAGGCGUCUACUGUGAUUGGACUAUAUGCAAAGGGGUAUGCGAAUGGGAAAACAAACGG